UUAUCGGGCUGUGCGAAUCCAUCGAUCGAACCAGUCGAGUUCGGAUAUUCGCCUGGAGCGGAUUCAGUCAGUUGUGGCAGGAGUUUAGCGUCGAGCAGUUGUUCAAAAAUGGGAUCUCAGUACAGGAUGUUCGCGCUGGUCGCGGCGGUUCUUGCGCUGUCCGGAAGUGUCGUUCUCGGUGGUAGUGUAUUCGAAGGAAGUCAACAGGAAGUGGACGUCAAGACGUUCCUGGCGGAAAUUUGCGACAGCGGUUCGCCGUUGAUGUCCGUGACGGUCAAGUCGUUCAGUGUGGAUCACAUCGAUCGUACCUUGGCGCACAUCUGCAAGGAAGGCGUCCACGGGAGUUUGCUGCUGUGGGUUACGGCGGAGAACUUUGCCAACGCGCCCGAGCUGGACACCGCGGUGAAGUACGUGGGCAGGGCGGCCGCGGCGGAAGAGUUUGCCGGAUAUUGUGCGUACGAUGUCGUCAGUGGGAAUUGCACAAACGAGCAUGGAGUUGCGCCAACCUCCACGGUCAUCCUGGGCGAAAAAUACCCCGAACGGUACGAGCUGCGCGACAUGAUGUACAAAAAGUGGACCAACACGACCCGGCUGGGUUCUCCCAUUCUCGCGUACGCAACCCUCAAGAAUCGGGACGCCACCUACAAGUACAUCGAUCAGGACAUUUCCUACCUGGAGGAUACCCGCAUCGAGUACCAACUUCCGGCCACCGUCAUGACUGGCCUUCCGUUGGCCGUUUUCCGGGGCAAAACGCUGGCCUACAAAUCCAUUUCCGGUGAAACGUACUACGGCAGGUCUUUUAAGACCAUCAACGCCGUCCGCUACAUGAGCCCCCACACGGUCAUCAACGUAACGGUCGUGGGCAGCGAGGAUCGCGCCUACCGGGAGUUCCGCGGCAAGCUGGUCACCGUGUACACCGACGAGGAGGGUUACAGCUGGGCCAAGUCGCUAGCGUCCAUCGAGGGAGCGUCGAUCGAAACGUCACUGACGGAGACCCACCCGGAGUACGGCGUGGUCACCAGCCUGUACGACGAAUCUCAGCUGCUCCCGGGCGUUCCGACCCUGUCACCCAACAAACCCCACACGGACCACAAGUACAACGACCAGCUGGUGACGAAAACCGAAAAUCUGCACAUCCACAUCAACGACCGCGAGCUGAACCAGGUCUACCCGGAGUUCCGUAAUGUGGCCAUCGGUGCCGCCAUCUUGUUCUUUUCCGUCGUCGGAAUCGCCCUGCUGGACAUUGUCCGUCGGAUCAUCAGUAUGCGUCGGGCGAAAAAGUUGAAAACCGGAAAGUACAGUCGGGUCAACGGAAUGUAGGAAGGGAGACGUCAAAAGGGACUUUCUUUUGGGUUCUACCGAGAGUAAACAUGCGGUUAGGAUACUCUGGCGCCAGAUGGCGCAUGUGUGACCAAAAUUAGAAUUUAAUUACAAACGAAUAUUAUUGCCAUUUGCUCAUCCCACAAAGAAAAACUUACUUCAUUAGGUUUAGCUUGUAAUAAAUAUUUGCACAUUCAAGGUUAUUUAACGCCAUCCCUUCGACAAUAACUAA